CGGACUUGUAUUUUGAAAUAUGUUGUCACUUCCGGUAGUCAUAGCGGACGCGACAGAGGACCUUGAGCACAUUUGCUGUCAGAAUCUGAAUAAUAAAGCUAAAUACAACUUAUGUAGCAGCCUCAGAGAGAAGUUCCAAACAUGGCGAGACGAUUAAUUUAUCCUAUUUACCAGUUGGGUAACCCUCAGCUGAGGAUAUUCCGGCCCACCUUCAGCAUGACGCUGGUCAGACCGGGGAAACCUCAGCCACCAGACACUGUGCAGUUUCGCGUAUCCAUGGAAAUGACCAAAUUUGACGUGAAGAACUACCUGGAGAAGAUUUACAACGUUCCAGUUGCCGCAGUGCGCACGAGGAUUCAGUAUUGUACAAACAAGAAAAGGAACCACUUAAACCAGCGAGUGAAGAGGCCAGAUUACAAAGUGGCAUACGUUCAGCUGAGUCAGCAGCAGACGUUCCAGUUUCCAGAUAUCUUUCCCGAGAAGGAAAAACAGCAUGAGGAGGGCUCUGUGGAGGCAUUGCAGGAGAAAUUCAUGGAGGAUGAGCGACAGAGGCAGAAACCAGACCCUAGGAGAGGGGGAGUCACCGAAUGGUUUGGCCUCUAAAGACACAUCGCGAAAGGCGUGAGAACUAUUGUGUAAGAUGUUUCUGUUGCAUUGCUGGGUUAUUUGCAGUGAUAUCGCCUGAACUUGGCUGUCUACUUCCUAGACACAGUACAUUCUGUGCUGUCUCUAAACAUGCCUGAACUCACAAUGCAUCCCAAAAGCCUUGUAUAUUAUCAGCCUUGUGUCUGCUCUACUGUUAUCCCCUGCAGAGGUGAAGUUAUCGUGAAGCAGCACACAGCGCCUUCAUCGUGGGUUUUAGGUUCCUCUGAAAGAACUGUCAUAUUUCAUAUCUGAUUAUCUUUUGAGUACAGCCCACAGCAUCCACAGGUGACAGGUUAAACUAAUGGCUUUAUUGUGUUACUGUCUCAAAUGUCCUAAGGCCACAAAGAUUUAUGAAUGUUUGUGAAUGCAUUUUCAAUUAAAAACCUCCAUAUA